AAGCGAGCCAAAAAAGCUGUAGUAGGCCUACCAUAACACAAAAGCCCAAAACACACGCUUCCCCGCAACUCCAAAACCGGAAAACGAACAAAUCCCCUCGCCUCCUCCCCCCUCCCAUCUCCGCCCCCGUCUUCCCCUCGCCUCAUCCAUCUCCCCCAUGUGGCUGCCCUGGGUGAAGACGCGCCCCUCCUCCCCUUCCUCCGCCGCCGCCUCCCCCUCGCCCUCCACCGCGCUCGCCGCCGCCGCCGCCUCUCCUCGCUUGUCCUUCUCCUCUCCCUCCCUCAAGGACCUCCAGGCUCUCCUCCUCUCCGACCACUCGCCCUCCCCGACGCCGCCGCAGCUGCCGCCCAACACCGCCCCCUGCUCCCCCUCCGUCCGCGUCUUCCACCGCGUCCGAGUCGCCGCCUCCGCCCUCCGCGCGCUCCGCACCCUCCAGGCGCCGCACGCCGCCGUGGCCGAGGCCGACCGCCGGGUGGUGCUCUACUUCACCUCCCUCCACGUCGUCCGCUCCACGUAUGAGGACUGCCGCGCCGUGCGCGCCAUCCUGCGCGGCCUCCGGGCCUCCGUCGACGAGCGGGACCUCGCCAUGGACCCCCGCUACCUCCAGGAGCUCGGCGCGCUCCUCCCCCGCGCGCGCGGUGUCACCCUCCCUCAGGUCUUCGUCGGCGGCCGCCACCUCGGCGGCGCCGAGGAGGUCCGCCGCCUCCACGAGUCCGGCGAGCUCCGACGCGUCGUAGCCGGCGCCGGCGCAACCGCCUUCGCCGCCUGCAGCCGGUGCGGCGGCGAGCGCUACGUGCUCUGCGGCAGCUGCAACGGCAGCCACAAGCGGUACAGCCUCAAGGGCGGCGGCGGCUUCCGCACCUGCGCCGGCUGCAACGAGAAUGGCCUCGUCCGGUGCCCGGACUGCUCCCCGCCGGCCGUCUGAUCCAGAUCCAAAGGUCACAAUCUCAUGACUACUAGAUUUUAAUGUUUUUUUAGCUCAAACUUGAGAUAUGAAAUGAGCUGUGUGUGUAGCUGUUACUCCUACUACUUGUUAUUAUUGUAGUGGUGUUUUUGUGUGUGACAGUGCCCAAUUGAAACUUCCAAGUUCUUAGCAUUUGCUAACCAACGUUUCUAAUGUUUGAUUAGGAUUUAGUAAAAGAGUUGUUGUUUCCUUACUUCUUGGCUAUAGUACCAAGUACCGCUUUUUUACCCUCUCUUAGCUCAGCCUUGAAUGGCAGAUUGUCAGUCUGAAUCGGUUUGUUCUAUACUCUUAUUUUAACUUUUGAGUAAAUGAUUGAUAAAUGCCA